GACCACUAGGUCGGAGCACUAACUUUGGGUUGAAGCAAUUGUCGUUAAGUGUCUUGUUCAAGGACACACACGCCCACAAUGGUAGCAGCGUCGAGCCUUGUACGUUGUACCCAUUCCCUCUAGGUUACAGACAGGCGAGCUAACCACUAUGCCACGGCGCCGGACAAUUGAAUAAAUAUGAGUGGUACAAAGGUUGCGUUUGUUUGGCGGGAUUGUUGCCUUAUUUACACAAACAUGCUGUAGUUUAGUCAGAGAGUCAAGUUAACAAAGUAACGACGAACUUAUCAGAAGAUCUUGACUACGCGUUUAGCUUCGGUACUCUUUCACUGCAGGCUGCAGCAUAACUUCUUAUCGGAAGACACGUUUAUUUUUAUUUAUCUUUUUUAACGAACAGUUUGCUAAUUUUGUUUUCAUUAUGAAUUCUGCUAUGCUGUCAGACGUAUAUAUUAAUCCAGAGAAGAAAUCAGUUGAAACCCUUUGGAAGGAUGGACAUCGAAGCAUAUAUCAUGUUACUUGGUUGAGAUUUAAUUGCCGUUGUAAAGUUUGUAAACGAACUGUUAUUGGUGAACUGAACAUUCAUAGAUCUCAGUUUCCUUCUGAUCUUAGAAUUAAAGAUGCAAGAUUAACUAAAAAUGGGAGUUUUCUUGAGCUGGAAAUCAUUGGAGAGGUGGUGGAUGGUCACGUGAUUAACAUAGAUUCUGGUUGGUUGAAGUCAGCUUGUUACUGUGACCAAUGUUUGCAUGAAAUGUUGCAAGAACGAACCCUGCAUUUUGUUGACCCAACCAAGGUCGAAGUUCCUAAAAUUGAUUACAAUGAAUUGGACACACAAGAAGGGAUGUUAAACUGGAUGAAACAAGUGAUUGACAUCGGGUUUGUCGUAAUACAAAACGUUCCAUUAGAAGAAGGAGCGUGUAUAAAGGUUGGUGAAAAGAUUUCCCCAGUAUUGCAGAACACUUAUGGAAAAUUAUUUGAUGUACUUGACAACCAAAGCACAGAAAAUAUAGCAAACUCCCAAAUCUGGCUUCCAUUGCAUACAGACCAAUGCCAUUAUGAAGCAGGACCAGGAGUACAAUUACUUCAUGCUAUUCAGUUUGAUGAUUGUGUACAAGGUGGAGAAUCAUUGCUGGUUGAUAUGUUUUAUGUUUUGGAAACAUUUCGAAAAGAAUUUCCUGAAGACUUUAACAUCCUCAGUAAAGUGCCAGUUCCAUUUGGAACCAUUGAUUAUCAACGAAAGAAUCCAUGUUAUUUGUACACAAGGAAGCCUGUCAUAGUUACUGAUUAUGAUGAUCAGAUUGUUGGGUUUAAUUUCAAUAAAGGAAUUGAAGAACCACUUCGUAUCCAUGCAAAGUAUGUGGAGAAAUUUUAUCAGGCUUAUAACAAGCUUGACAGAAUGAUAAACAGAAACGAAUUUGUUUUUAAACAUCGUCUGCGAACUGGAGAACUGCUUUUCUUUAACAAUAGGAGAAUGCUGCAUUCUCGUGAAGCUUAUAUGAGCAAUGGUGGACGUAGAAGACUGCAGGGUUGUUAUAUAAGUAUGGAAGAACUAAGAAGCAAAUAUGUUGUUUGUGCAAGACUGAUGGGAAACCUAGACGUAGUUGCUCCAAAAAUUGGAAAUGGGAGUGCUGUUUAGUUUUAUCAUCAUUUGAAUUUAUCUUUGUUAUAUAAAAUGAUUUGUUUGAUUUCCUAAUUUUAAGCAAAUGGUUGUUUAAGCAAUAUAUUUUCUUUGUAAAUAUUUCGACCAAUUCUUAAUAAUUGAUGUUUUGUUAUCUGCUAAAUGUUUCCAUUUAACUUCGCUAUUUUAUGUAGCAAGGUGUUAUGAAUACUGUGUUUCAACUAAUCAAAAAAUAAACUGUUGUUAGCCAUC